UCCCCCAUUAUGCCUCAAUCUGAUAUUGUAGAUAGGCAAUGCAACCAUCGUUACCAAAGAAAUGGCUAAUGGCGUUGUCUGUGUGAAUAACAGAAUAUCGUUUCAUAUAUAAGAUUCCGGCAAUAUCAAACGUGAAUGCUCGCUAUAAAGAGACAGAAACUGGAGAUGCCCGUCGAUGACCCAAUCCCCGCUCGAAAGAGAAGUCUUCAGGCGGAAUUGGAGCUGAUGAAGGGUGAGGUUGAAACGGUUGAACCUCGCCGGUCGUCUUCGUCGUCUUCCAAGAUUGAGACGGUCUCCUACCGCCCCACGUUCCGCGCCGUUCUGGCCAAGAAAGGCUAUCUUGUCCGACAAACACUGGGAAGUGGCAGCUAUUCUAAAGUCAAAUUUGCACGAUGUUUCGACCAUGAUCGGGAGAAAGUCGCAGUGAAAAUUGUCGACAAAGGAAAAGCACCAAAAGAUUUCCAACAAAGAUUUCUCCCUCGUGAAGUCGCGAUAUGGCCCCGAUUGAAGCACCCCCAUAUCGUACAGAAUCUGGAAAUUUUUGAGGACAACCGACGUCUGUACAUGAUUCUGGAAUAUGCUGAAAACGGUGAUGUGUUGAGAUUUAUACAGAGGACCGGGGCAGUCAGUGAGAACCGUGCCGGAUAUUGGAUACGCCAGAUCGGGGACGCUGUCCGAUACCUCCAUGAAAUGAACAUCACCCACCGAGACCUAAAGCUCGAGAAUCUGCUGCUAGACAUGGAGAACAAUAUAAAGAUCUGUGACUUUGGGUUCGUGAAAGAGGAGACGUCUCAAGAACUGAGCCGGACAUACUGUGGUUCUAAGUCCUACGCCGCCCCGGAAAUCCUCAAGGGUCAGCCGUAUGACACGCGCAAGGCUGACAUUUGGGCUAUCAGUGUUAUCCUAUACAUACUUGUCACCGGUAAAAUGCCAUUUGACGAGAGUAAAGGAAACAGAGGGGUGUUAGAAGAACAAAGAAAUUUGAACUUCCCAUGGAAAAAAUUCAAGAAGCCGGUAUCCGAAGAUUGUCAGGGUCUCAUUCUAUGGAUGUUCCGGUAUGACUACACUGAUCGACCUGAUAUUUACGGCCUCCUCGGACAUCAGUGGCCCGCGGAAAACUGCUCCGCACCCCAGUCGGACUGUCCGAAACGGGAAAUUGCCGGUUCCACUGGUCACGUGACAAGGAAGUCGAGCAAGUCAAACCCUUCCCCCAUGCAGUCCGUGGAUGACCAGUAGGAGGAAUGUUGUCACCGUUCUCACAAUGGACACACAAGAUGUGUCCACUGCUGGUAGCGGGCGUUCAAACUAUUUGAAUGCAAUUGAAAAUGAUUUCCAUAUUUUCCACUUAUUCUAUCUCCUUAACUGUAUUUCCUCAAGAGCUUCGUAUUCUUAAUAAACUGUUUGAGUAUUGGGAUAUAUCGUAGUCGAUUAACAUUUUCAUAUUUACUGAACUGUUUUUUUUUUUUUUU